AUAGUUGAGAAAAAUAAAAGAGCUGGGCAAGGAACGUACCAUCUUUCUAGUUCAAGGAGAAGUUCAUCAUGUAAUUGCGAGAAAUAUGAUGAAUCCUCAUUAAUGGAGAAGAUUUUCUGUGAUGUGAUAGGAUUGUUUGAUUGGGAAACGUUUGUGGAUAUGAAGAAAUUCUUACACCUUCAUGAUCGUGUGCUCCAAUGGGACGACGCUGCCGGAGAAGAGGCAUUUCGGAGUGUGAAGGAUCGAUUUUAUAGCCUCGUAACAUUGUUUGUUCACCAGAACAAGCGAUUUCCGAACCGCGACGAAGUAAUAAGUGGUCUUCAUCCUCCUGAUGACAUUAAUUCAUGGGCUGAUAAAUACAUUGACGAGAUUGAUUGGGAUGCGGAAGUUGGCCCGGAGCUUCUCGAUGACGACCCUGAUGAACUACUUGAUAUGGUUUCGCAAUUAGUUGAUACGACGACUAGAAAGAGGAGUCCUGAAGAACACGUUGUGGAGUUUGGUGAUGAAUUCUACGAAGACCAUGGCUUUUCAAUAGGUCGGGGUAAAGACUUUGAAGGCGAUUUGAAAGAAUCAGGAAAUCCAAAGAAGUCCAGGAAUCGGAGAGCUAAUAACAUCACACUACAACUUUGA